AUGUACAAAAUCGCCAAAACUGCGUUUCGAAACAGAAACUCCAUUGUCGCUUCGCUCUUCUACUCUCUCCACCACUCUCGCUCAAUCUACAGCCGAAGUAAGCCUGAGAGAAGAAGAAUGGUUGAUAAGGACGACAAGGAAGUAACUCGUGUUCUCUUUUGCGGUCCUCACUUUCCUGCUUCCUUCAAUUUCACAAGAGAAUACUUGCAACCUUACCCUUUUAUUCAGGCUGAUGUUGUCCAUCUCCGUGAUGUUCCUGAGGUUAUAAAGAACUAUAACAUAUGUGUUGUUAUGUCGAUGCAAUUGGAUUCGAAUGUUAUAUCUCGUGCGAGUAAGAUGAAGCUUAUUAUGCAGUAUGGUGUUGGUCUUGAAGGUGUUGACAUUGACGCUGCUACUAAACAUGGGAUCAAGGUCGCUAGAAUUCCUAGUGAGGGUACCGGAAACGCAGCGUCUUGUUCCGAAAUGGCUAUAUAUCUAAUGCUGGGCCUUCUUAAGAAACAGAACGAAAUGCAGAUUUCCGUGCAAAGCAGGCUGCUUGGAGAGCCAACUGGUGGCACGCUUCUCGGUAAAACUGUAUUUAUCUUGGGAUAUGGAAACAUUGGAAUGGAGCUAGCGAAACGGUUGCGGCCGUUUGGGUCGAGAGUAAUAGCCACAAAGAGAAGCUGGCCUGAUUCUAUCAACGACUCAGAAUCCGGUCUAGUUGAUGAGAAAGGUAGCCAUGAAGACAUUUACACAUUCGCGGGCAAAGCAGAUAUAGUCGUCGUUUGUUUGAGACUGAACAAAGAAACGGCCGAAAUCGUGAACAAGAAGUUCAUAUCUUCAAUGAAAAAGGGGGCUCUUCUUAUAAAUAUUGCCCGAGGCCGUCUGAUUAACUAUGAAUCAACUUACCAAAAUCUAGAGUCCGGUCAUUUAGGAGGCCUUGGGACUGACGUGGCGUGGUCUGAGCCGUUUGAUCCAAACGAUCCGAUUUUGAAGUUCAAAAACGUCAUUAUAACCCCUCAUGUUGCUGGAGUUACGGAAUAUUCAUAUAGGUCCAUGGCCAAGGUGGUCGGAGACGUCGCCAUACAGUUGCAUAGAGGACUUCCAUUCACCGGAAUCGAAUUCGUCAAUUGA